AUUGAAUUACUCCUAUUUGGGUAAAUCCCCCGUCAUAAUCCAAACAAAUGUGAAGUACCUAAGAUCCCAACCAUAAAAAUUCGGCAAGUCGCUGGUAGGUGGCUUCAGCCUUCAGACAAGAGCAAUUCCAAUUUGGAUCAGGUAGGAAGAGGCCGGGGGAUAUCAAUAAUGGUCUCCAAUCUAUGGACGCCACUCAGGGAAACUCUUUUCCAGUACACAGGGCUGUCUCCGACGUCCUUCUUUACAAUUGCGGCGCUGAUGGUGGCGGCUUACCAGCUCGUUUCUUACUUAUUCGGCGGCGCCGAUGACCACAUGUUUGUCAAGAAGGCCGAGGAAGCUGCUGCUCGCCGCCGGCAGCACGUCCUGUUGGGCGACAUGACCUCAGGUGCCCUCCUAGCUUACAAUGGGUCCGACCCGAAAAGGCCCUUACUCAUGGCUAUCAGAGGACAAAUCUAUGAUGUGUCCAGUUCCAGGAUGUUCUAUGGUCCGGGAGGGCCUUAUGCAAUGUUUGCUGGGAAGGAUGCAAGCAGAGCCUUAGCUCAACUGUCAUUUGACCCUAGAGAGAUUAAUGGGAACCUUGAAGGCCUAAGUGAUGCUGAGCUGGAAAUUCUGCUGGAUUGGGAGGACAAAUUCAUGGAUAAGUACCCUAAGGUGGGACAAAUUGUCUCUGAAAAGAAGACAGUUGGUGAGUUCGCAAAUACAGACAUGUAUUUGGGAAGUAGUUGAAUCAGAGAUUAGCGAAUGUAUAAUGAAUUCCAGUGCAGAUAACAAAGAAGUCAUCUGGUUGGGGAGCUCAUACCCCAGUCCCCAGAUAGACAAGGCUGAUAUGGCAACUUCUGCAAGUUUCAAAUAUUUACAGUAAGUAAUACACUUUUGGGAAUAAGACCUGGAUGUUGUUGUUGUAUCCAGCAAGUAAGACCAAUGCUCCAACACAUCGCGGUUUAAAUAAGAGUAAAACAUACUCUACCAUAUUUCUCCAAAUAGAAGUAUCAUUUUUUUUUGUUUUUUUAUUCUUUUAAUAGGACUAUAUGAGUUCCAUUUUGAGAACAAAACAUACCCUUACUUUUUAGAUUUGUACAUAUUUUAGUCAUAUUUUGAUUAGAUUAACGUGCAUUUGUGCCACAUGGACUUCUUAAUAGAAAUCAAAUUUAAAACAGAUAAUG